GCUAACUUGACUGUUUUACCGAGACCAGUCCAGCUCGCCUGCAUUCCUCCUCUCCCUAAAGCCUGCCCGACAGAGACAGAGCGAGAGAAAGAAAGGGGGGGAAAACGCAAAUAAUUACCCAGAAUCGUAUUGGACUUUAUGUACCACUGAGGCGCCUUACAUCGGACAAAAUGACCAGACCAGGCUUCGCAAAUAACCACGUCUAGGCUACACCUUUGGACCUACAAUAAUGAAAAGGCGUGUUUUAUAAUGACGGGAGUUUUCGCCGAUGUGCCUGUAUAGGUCAGCAAUCGAAAAUCAGCUUCGGGGGAAAGAACCAACAGCCUUUCCACGGCGAAUAUCUUUCUUCUUGUUUCUUUUUUUCUUUCUUUUUUUUCUCUUUUAAAUGAGGAUUUUGCAAGAUGGCUGAUGACAGCUACCCCUAACAAGGACAGAAUAGCGACGUCCCCUUUAAGAUUAGAAGGGUAUAUAUUUGUAUUUCUAUCAAUUAUACAUAAUAAUGGCGGUGAUAAAUAAUGACGAUGUAUGUUAGUGACUACCGGUCUUUUAUGGAAAACAUUACAAAUCUAGUGUUUAUUUAUACCUGUGCUUUGGUAGAAAAUGGUGAGGUGACGUCUGAGGUAAUUUACGCGAUUUAAUCGAGCUAAGGAAGUGGAUAAAUAUGUUGUUGGCUAAAGGCUGAGCGUCAAAUGCGUGAAUUGGUGGAGAAACGACCAAAGUAAAGAGGCCAGAGCAUAAUAAUCUUUGGGUCAGGAGACAUUUGAUAGAUGUGUCGGGGGAAACCAAAGGCUCUGCAACAGCAGCCAACAUUCCUGCGGAUCCUAAAACCCUUUGUUUUGUGCGCAGGAACUGGACUCGGCUAUUAAAACGAUUAACUAUGCAGUACAUAGCCUUGAAAUGAUGGCCUGGGUAUGAUUUUCUAUUUAAUGAGAUUAUAAGGCCUUUGUUGUCGACAGAAAACUGACUAUCAGUAGAAAAGCCGAGGCCUUGUGUACAGAUAUGCGAGCGUUGCCUGUGCCACAUAGCAGGCGUUAUUCCUAAAAUAGAAAAGGCAAUGUUAUGUCGCUAUUGUGUCAAAGUCCGUUUACUGAAGAUACUUGUCACAUGAAUCUGAUCUGUAAAUGAGUAUUUCUUGUAUUUCACCGGACUGCCAAAUAACCUCGCCGUUAAUCGGCGUAAUUGAAUUGCUAGCGAAGGCUCCACAAAUAGCCUUAUUUAUGAUUCAGUGGACAAAAGCAUUGCGCUGCAUUGUGAUUAUUGUGGGAAUAAGGCGUCCUUGAGGUCCUGAUAACAGAUUCAGGUUCAAAGGCGCUGUAUAAAUAUUAUUCAGGGUGUGGAUUGAAGGCAGUCGGGAAACAGGCUUUUCUUUUGGCUUUCAUGGUUCGUUUCUUGGUGUGAAUUGGUCUCCGAUCAAUCAUAAUCCGACGCUGAAGUCAGGCAAGCUCAUUAACCUCAAGGUAAAGGCCCAAGCUGACAGGAGAAAAGGUGAGCGAUCAAGUGUCUUUCAUUUGCUAUAUAGAGAUUGAUUCACGUUGGCAUUGGUCGGUGUAGUAAUCAUAUGAGUAGGUAUGUGUGUAGAUAUUAAAUUAAAAACCUAGUAACAUAGUUCGUUCUCUGUGCCUUGUUUUUAUUUCAGUUUACCUGUAGCUGACAAGAAUGUAGGCUUUAGCUUCCUGUAGGCCUAUAUAUAUAUGUAUACACACACACACACACACAAACUGAAGUGUGAAAGCAGGCCCAGUGUGUGUGAUUUAGAGGAAAGGAAAGCACCAUUUACUGUAAUCUGCAUAACGUCAACCCCUGCUGUGUGUUGUAAUCACAAAGGUGUUGUCAUCCUUGCUUGAAGCCUUCUCUGGGCAAUUUCUGGAAUUUGCCUUCAUGUCCCAGCAAUAAGCAAUACUAAUCAUCUGUCAGGGAGCCUGUCUUGUCUGUUUUUUACAGACCGUGGACUUGUUUGGUCAAAAAGAUUGAAGUAUAUGAAGUGAUAUUUUGGGACGGUAACAGUUCUGUUUUCAUCUCUCUCAGUGACUCUCAGGACUCAGUGUGAGAGUGCCAGUGUCAGAUUUUCUUUUGCUGAGGAUAGAGAUACAGGAAGGUAAUUACAGAGACCUAGUGGUCUGUCAGAAGUGGAGAACAGACAUUAGUGUAUGCCUGCCCGGACCAUGAUGGCCUCUGAUAUGGCUGAGACGUGGAGGAACUGUUUCGAGGAGGAGCUCAUCUGCCCCAUCUGCCUGCACGUUUUCUCAGACCCCAUUCAGCUGCCCUGCAAGCACAACUUCUGCCGGGGCUGCAUCAGCGAGGCCUGGGCCAAAGACUCCUCGCUGGCCCGCUGCCCCGAGUGCAACCACGCUUACUCUCAGAAGCCCAGCUUAGAGAAGAACCACAAACUGUCCAACAUAGUGGAGAAGUACAAUGCCCUGAGCGUUGAGAAGGCAGCCACACCGGCGUUGCAGUGCAUCCUGUGCCGUCGCGGCCCGCCACUCCCUGCGGUGAAAGUCUGCCUGCGCUGCAACGCUCCUUGCUGCCAGUCCCAUGUCCAGACACACCUGCAGCAGCCAUGCUCAGCCCUCGGGCACCUGUUGGUGGAGGCGGAGGCUGUGAAGGCCUGGACCUGCCCGCAGCAUGACGAGUACAGGCUGUACCACUGCGAGGCCGAGCAGACGGCUGUCUGUCAGUACUGCUGCUUCGCCCGCUGCCACCCAAGCCACGGCCACGCCGUCACUGAUGUGGAGCUACGACGCAACGACAUAAGACAAAGCCUGUUGAGACAGCAGGAGCGAGUGGAGGAGAGAGUGCAGGACAUCGAAGAGCAGCUUUGUAAACUCGACUCUGAUAAAUGCGUAGUGGAGGACAGAGUGUGUGAGCUGAAAGAGGAGGUGCGUUUGCAGUACCAGCGAAUGCAUCAGCUCUUGGAAGAGGAUCUCGGUCGGACACUGGAGGCUCUGGACCGGGCCCAGUCGCGGUUCUGCCAAGAGAACGCCGCCCAGGUUCUGGCCUUGGGGGAGCAGCGCCAUGAGGCCCAGAAGAUGCUGAGCUCCAUCCAGACAGCCUUCAGCAAGGCAGAGGAACUCAGCUUCAUGAAAAACACAAAGCCUGUCAGAAUCCUCAUGGACAGGUCUCAGGCAUGUGUGGGCAGCACCCUCCCCCCUUACAAAGUGGGGAGUCUAAAUUCAAAGCUGUUCCUUUCUGAAAUCUCAAAGAGAGAGAAGAGCUUGAGGAGAACGCUGGAAGCUCCCCUCACCCCUCCCUCGACCUUCCUGCAGUCUGUUCCUGCUUAUCCUAGUGGUCAGAGUUCUGGCUCUGGAGCAGAGAAGCGGAAACACUCCACUGCAUUCCCGGACGGAAAUGGGAACGUGGGGAAAAGCGGUGCUCCCGGUUUCAAAGACUCCUCCUCUUCCUCCUCUUCUUCCUCAUCGUUGGCCAAGCAGCCCUACCUGGGUUCCAGCUCCACCUCUGGAGAGGGCCAGUCCACCAAUCAACAGCCUCUCGGUCCCUGCGGCCCCUCCCACAUCAGCGAGGGCGGUGGGACAGGAAGCGGCAGCGGUUCGCUGACUAACCACCAUUCAGGCUCCGUGUUCAGCUCCUCCCACUUCCCGCCUGGAGGCAGCAGCUCCUCCCAUUCCUCCCAGCAGGCAGUGCUGCCUCAGUACGGCGGCCGUAAGAUCCUGGUGUGUACGAUGGAUAACUGCUACUGCUCUGGGGUGCCCUCUGUGUCAGGCCACCGCAGCCAUCCCCCGUACCCGCGCUCGGGCUCCUUCCCCUGGGUCAGCGCCCAGGACUACCCACCUCCCCCAGGCCUGGCCUCCGGGGGUCCGUCCAUGCAGGGCCUGGCAGUGAGGGACUGGAUAGAUGCCUCACAGACACACAGACAUGCAGACUUCUAUGGGCUCUAUGGACAGCCCUCUGCAAAGCACUACGUCACCAGUUAACAUAGACAAACACACAGUGUACACACACAUACACACUUACAUACAGAAACAAAUACUGCACCCUUACAGGCUUUAUUGACAGGAUAGUACACAUGAACGUACUCAGAUUUAAUGCAGUUAUAUGCACACACGUAAAUAAUUGUUUAUACACACACACACACACACAGAUCUACAACAUGUACACUCUUUCGGGGGCAGGGUUUAUUCUCUUAGUGUUUAAUUUCUUUGUUUUUUUCUGUCAGUGACUCAUGUAGUAUAUAAUACAUUAAGUGUCAGUGCAUAAACUGCAGCUAUUCAAUCUGGCACACUUCAGCUCAGCGUCGCAUUUUACACAUACCAACACUGACCGGUCACAGACUUGACAGAGCCCUGCACCAGGGGCCUAGAGCGAGAGGAUAAGAUGCACCAUUUUAUUUAUAGAGCAAAAGACAGAUUGAUAGAAAGGAAACUUUUUUUAAUCUCCUCAUGCCUCUCAAAGGCUUCACAUAAGCAGAGGCUGAGGCUAAAGGGAAUCGGGAUAAUACCAUGCAGUGCUGAGCUUUCUGGUUUUAGCCCCCUUAGCGUCUGACGUUUCCCUGCGAUAUUAUCCCUCCCAGUUGUACUGAGGUCAAUUGCCUUAUGUUAUUACCAUCAUAUUUUUCUCUGCCCGGACUAUGUUUGAUAGAUCCUUUAAGAGGACAGCGGCCCCUUUGAGUCUCUUGAUUUUGUUGCUGCACUUAAGCCUCCUUUCUUUGCUGAGUUCAGGGAUGUAUCGUACGGCUUGAACACAAAACGCUCUUCCAUGUUCCCCCGCUGUGUGGAACACCCACAAUGCACUUGUGGACGCCUUGUUAUGCCUGGACUACAGAUGCCAGCGGGACGGAGCUGCAUCUGAGGGGCUAGUCGACCCUGACUUAAUCCUCCGAGUUUUGGGAAUCCAGCUCCUGUUCCUAGCAUUCCCUUUCUGGAGAGGGGAUCCAAUCCCCCUUCCUGCUGCCAGGCUUCCAGUAGGACAGAACACCUUCUUCUGAAAGAGACUGUUUCCAUUUAAUAGUUACUAUGACUUUGUGUUAUUUGCUACAUCUGUAGGUUUCAUGUUUGUCUAGAGAGACUCUUUGACUCGUAGAGACAGGAGAGACAGACUGGACAGACCAAACCAAUCAAGGUGAGCAUCUGGAGGAUUGACGAUGAUGUAAUUGUACUUCCUGCAGGGCAAAGAUGUCACUUCCUCUCAACAAGCACACUAGCUCCUGGCUUCCUGUUUGCAGCUGUAAGCAUGCGGGGAAGAGUUUUAUAAGCACUCAAAAAAAGAACAAUGGGAAAACUGUAUGCAGUUUUAAGAGUGUAUGAAAGAAGGGUGGGAGGAUUUUUUUUCAUGAACUUUUUCUAAAGAAAGAGACUGGACUGCUUGAUGUAAGCAAUGGUCAUCAUCUAAAAAAAAGAGUUGUUACAACACAGUCAACAUACAGAAAAAAAAAACAAAACAGAAAAGUAUCUUUUUUGUAAAUAUUUUGUGAAAUGGAAAAAUUACAGACAUGUCAUUUGGAGGAGGGUCCCAAAUAAAAUCAACAAAUCUAAA